CAACAACGUUAGAAAUGUCAACAAUUCUAGCUGAAACAACUACCAUUGUUACACAAGAACCAUCAGCUAGCCCAGAGACUGUGACAAGCCCAUCUCCCACAAUCACUUCUGUUCACACAACAGUGCCCUCUGACGUUACAAGUGAGUCUCUAACUAGCACUGCUGGUGCCUCAACAUCAGGUGAGGCAUCAACAACUUCUGAAGCAAACACAUCUGCUGAAGAAUCGACAGCGACUUCAGCUGGUUUAACAAGUGCAACUGUGGGAGCUACGUUUUCAACAUCGGGAGUGACCAUGACACCAGAAUCAACCAAAGACACAAUGGAAACAACUACAGCUAUGUCCUCAAGUGUAACAGAAACUUCAACCAGUACUUUGACGGAAACAAGUCCCUCACAAUCUUCUACGAUUACCAGUGAGCCUUCCACUACAAAUGAACCAACUUCAGCAGUCACGGGCGGGCAAAUAUCUUCCACUACCGUUGGACUCUCAUCUACCCAGGGAACUGAAAGUACAACUGCAGAGCAAACUGACUCCACAACUGCAGCGGGAACGACCCUUGAAGAUCACACAACAACGUUAGAAAUGUCAACAAUUCCAGCUGAAACAACUACCAUUGUUACACAAGAACCAUCAGCUAGCCCAGAUACUGUGACAAGCCCAUCUCCCACAAUCACUACUGGUCACACAACAGUGCCCUCUGACGUUACAAGUGAGUCUCUAACUAGCACUGCUGGUACCUCAACAUCAGGUGAGGCAUCAACAACUUCUGAAGCAAACACAUCUGCUGAACAAUCGACAGCGACUUCAGCUAGUUUAACAAGUGCAACUCUGGAAGCCACGUUUUCAACAUCGGGAGUGACCAUGACACCAGCAUCAACCAAAGACACAAUGGAAACAACUAUAGCUAUGUCAUCAAGUGUAACAGAAACUUCAACCAGUACCUCGACGGAAACAAGUCCCUCACAACAUGCUACGAUUACCAGUGAGCCUGCCACUACAAAUGAACUAACUUCAGCAGUCACGGGCGGGCAAAUAUCUUCCACUACCGUUGGACUCUCAUCUACCCAGGGAUCUGAAAGUACAACUGCAGAGCCAACUGACUCCACAACUGCAGCGGGAACGACCCUUGAAGAUCACACAACAACGUUAGAAAUGUCAACAAUUCCAGCUGAAACAACUACCAUUGUUACACAAGAACCAUCAGCUAGCCCAGAUACUGUGACAAGCCCAUCUCCCACAAUCACUACUGGUCACACAACAGUGCCCUCUGACGUUACAAGUGAGUCUCUAACUAGCACUGCUGGUACCUCAACAUCAGGUGAGGCAUCAACAACUUCUGAAGCAAACACAUCUGCUGAACAAUCGACGGCGACUUCAGCUAGUUUAACAAGUGCAACUCUGGAAGCCACGUUUUCAACAUCGGGAGUGACCAUGACACCAGCAUCAACCGAAGACACAAUGGAAACAACUACAGCUAUGUCAUCAAGUGUAACAGAAACUUCAACCAGUACCUCGACGGAAACAAGUCCCUCACAACAUUCUACGAUUACCAGUGAGCCUGCCACUACAAACGAACUAACUUCAGCAGUCACGGGCGGGCAAAUAUCUUCCACUACCGUUGGACUCUCAUCUACCCAAGGAUCUGAAAGUACAACUGCAGAGCAAACUGACUCCACAACUGCAGCGGGAACGACCCUUGAAGAUCACACAACAACGUUAGAAAUGUCAACAAUUCUAGCUGAAACAACUACCAUUGUUACACAAGAACCAUCAGCUAGCCCAGAGACUGUGACAAGCCCAUCUCCCACAAUCACUUCUGUUCACACAACAGUGCCCUCUGACGUUACAAGUGAGUCUCUAACUAGCACUGCUGGUGCCUCAACAUCAGGUGAGGCAUCAACAACUUCUGAAGCAAACACAUCUGCUGAAGAAUCGACAGCGACUUCAGCUGGUUUAACAAGUGCAACUGUGGGAGCUACGUUUUCAACAUCGGGAGUGACCAUGACACCAGAAUCAACCAAAGACACAAUGGAAACAACUACAGCUAUGUCCUCAAGUGUAACAGAAACUUCAACCAGUACUUUGACGGAAACAAGUCCCUCACAAUCUUCUACGAUUACCAGUGAGCCUUCCACUACAAAUGAACUAACUUCAGCAGUCACGGGCGGGCAAAUAUCUUCCACUACCGUUGGACUCUCAUCUACCCAGGGAACUGAAAGUACAACUGCAGAGCAAACUGACUCCACAACUGCAGCGGGAACGACCCUUGAAGAUCACACAACAACGUUAGAAAUGUCAACAAUUCCAGCUGAAACAACUACCAUUGUUACACAAGAACCAUCAGCUAGCCCAGAUACUGUGACAAGCCCAUCUCCCACAAUCACUACUGGUCACACAACAGUGCCCUCUGACGUUACAAGUGAGUCUCUAACUAGCACUGCUGGUACCUCAACAUCAGGUGAGGCAUCAACAACUUCUGAAGCAAACACAUCUGCUGAACAAUCGACAGCGACUUCAGCUAGUUUAACAAGUGCAACUCUGGAAGCCACGUUUUCAACAUCGGGAGUGACCAUGACACCAGCAUCAACCAAAGACACAAUGGAAACAACUAUAGCUAUGUCAUCAAGUGUAACAGAAACUUCAACCAGUACCUCGACGGAAACAAGUCCCUCACAACAUGCUACGAUUACCAGUGAGCCUGCCACUACAAAUGAACUAACUUCAGCAGUCACGGGCGGGCAAAUAUCUUCCACUACCGUUGGACUCUCAUCUACCCAGGGAUCUGAAAGUACAACUGCAGAGCCAACUGACUCCACAACUGCAGCGGGAACGACCCUUGAAGAUCACACAACAACGUUAGAAAUGUCAACAAUUCCAGCUGAAACAACUACCAUUGUUACACAAGAACCAUCAGCUAGCCCAGAUACUGUGACAAGCCCAUCUCCCACAAUCACUACUGGUCACACAACAGUGCCCUCUGACGUUACAAGUGAGUCUCUAACUAGCACUGCUGGUACCUCAACAUCAGGUGAGGCAUCAACAACUUCUGAAGCAAACACAUCUGCUGAACAAUCGACGGCGACUUCAGCUAGUUUAACAAGUGCAACUCUGGAAGCCACGUUUUCAACAUCGGGAGUGACCAUGACACCAGCAUCAACCAAAGACACAAUGGAAACAACUAUAGCUAUGUCAUCAAGUGUAACAGAAACUUCAACCAGCACCUCGACGGAAACAAGUCCCUCACAACAUGCUACGAUUACCAGUGAGCCUGCCACUACAAAUGAACUAACUUCAGCAGUCACGGGCGGGCAAAUAUCUUCCACUACCGUUGGACUCUCAUCUACCCAGGGAUCUGAAAGUACAACUGCAGAGCCAACUGACUCCACAACUGCAGCGGGAACGACCCUUGAAGAUCACACAACAACGUUAGAAAUGUCAACAAUUCCAGCUGAAACAACUACCAUUGUUACACAAGAACCAUCAGCUAGCCCAGAUACUGUGACAAGCCCAUCUCCCACAAUCACUACUGGUCACACAACAGUGCCCUCUGACGUUACAAGUGAGUCUCUAACUAGCACUGCUGGUACCUCAACAUCAGGUGAGGCAUCAACAACUUCUGAAGCAAACACAUCUGCUGAACAAUCGACGGCGACUUCAGCUAGUUUAACAAGUGCAACUCUGGAAGCCACGUUUUCAACAUCGGGAGUGACCAUGACACCAGCAUCAACCAAAGACACAAUGGAAACAACUAUAGCUAUGUCAUCAAGUGUAACAGAAACUUCAACCAGUACCUCGACGGAAACAAGUCCCUCACAACAUUCUACGAUUACCAGUGAGCCUGCCACUACAAAUGAACUAACUUCAGCAGUCACAGGCGUGCAAAUAUCUUCCACUACCGUUGGACUCUCAUCUACCCAGGGAUCUGAAAGUACAACUGCAGAGCCAACUGACUCCACAACUGCAGCGGGAACGACCCUUGAAGAUCACACAACAACUUUAGAAAUAACAACAAUUCCAGCAGAAACAACGACGAUUGUUACACAAGAAUCAUCAGCUAGCCCAGAGACUGUGACAAGCCCAUCUCCCACAAUCACUACUGGUCACACAACAGUGCCCUCUGACGUUACAAGUGAGUCUCUAACUAGCACUGCUGGUACCUCAACAUCAGGUGAGGCAUCAACAACUUCUGAAGCAAACACAUCUGCUGAACAAUCGACGGCGACUUCAGCUAGUUUAACAAGUGCAACUCUGGAAGCCACGUUUUCAACAUCGGGAGUGACCAUGACACCAGCAUCAACCAAAGACACAAUGGAAACAACUAUAGCUAUGUCAUCAAGUGUAACAGAAACUUCAACCAGCACCUCGACGGAAACAAGUCCCUCACAACAUGCUACGAUUACCAGUGAGCCUGCCACUACAAAUGAACUAACUUCAGCAGUCACGGGCGGGCAAAUAUCUUCCACUACCGUUGGACUCUCAUCUACCCAGGGAUCUGAAAGUACAACUGCAGAGCCAACUGACUCCACAACUGCAGCGGGAACGACCCUUGAAGAUCACACAACAACGUUAGAAAUGUCAACAAUUCCAGCUGAAACAACUACCAUUGUUACACAAGAACCAUCAGCUAGCCCAGAUACUGUGACAAGCCCAUCUCCCACAAUCACUACUGGUCACACAACAGUGCCCUCUGACGUUACAAGUGAGUCUCUAACUAGCACUGCUGGUACCUCAACAUCAGGUGAGGCAUCAACAACUUCUGAAGCAAACACAUCUGCUGAACAAUCGACGGCGACUUCAGCUAGUUUAACAAGUGCAACUCUGGAAGCCACGUUUUCAACAUCGGGAGUGACCAUGACACCAGCAUCAACCAAAGACACAAUGGAAACAACUAUAGCUAUGUCAUCAAGUGUAACAGAAACUUCAACCAGUACCUCGACGGAAACAAGUCCCUCACAACAUUCUACGAUUACCAGUGAGCCUGCCACUACAAAUGAACUAACUUCAGCAGUCACAGGCGUGCAAAUAUCUUCCACUACCGUUGGACUCUCAUCUACCCAGGGAUCUGAAAGUACAACUGCAGAGCCAACUGACUCCACAACUGCAGCGGGAACGACCCUUGAAGAUCACACAACAACUUUAGAAAUAACAACAAUUCCAGCAGAAACAACGACGAUUGUUACACAAGAAUCAUCAGCUAGCCCAGAGACUGUGACAAGCCCAUCUCCCACAAUCACUACUGGUCACACAACAGUGCCCUCUGACGUUACAAGUGAGUCUCUAACUAGCACUGCUGGUACCUCAACAUCAGGUGAGGCAUCAACAACUUCUGAAGCAAACACAUCUGCUGAAGAAUCGACAGCGACCUCAGCUGGUUUAACAAGUGCAACUGUGGAAGCUACGUUUUCAACAUCGGGAGUGACCUUGACACCAGCAUCAACCGAAGACACAAUGGAAACAACUACAGCUAUGUCAUCAAGUGUAACAGAAACUUCAACCCGUACCUCGACGGAAACAAGUCCCUCACAACAUUCUACGAUUACCAGUGAGCCUGCCACUACAAACGAACUAACUUCAGCAGUCACGGACGGGCAAAUAUCUUCCACUACCGUUGGACUCUCAUCUACCCAAGGAUCUGAAAGUACAACUGCAGAGCAAACUGACUCCACAACUGCAGCGGGAACGACCCUUGAAGAUCACACAACAACGUUAGAAAUGACAACAAUUCUAGCUGAAACAACUACCAUUGUUACACAAGAACCAUCAGCUAGCCCAGAUACUGUGACAAGCCCAUCUCCCACAAUCACUUCUGGUCACACAACAGUGCCCUCUGACGUUACAAGUGAGUCUCUAACUAGCACUGCUGGUGCCUCAACAUCAGGUGAGGCAUCAACAACUUCUGAAGCAAACACAUCUGCUGAAGAAUCGACAGCGACUUCAGCUGGUUUAACAAGUGCAACUGUGGGAGCUACGUUUUCAACAUCGGGAGUGACCAUGACACCAGAAUCAACCAAAGACACACUGGAAACAACUACAGCUAUGUCCUCAAGUGUAACAGAAACUUCAACCAGUACUUCGACGGAAACAAGUCCCUCACAACCUUCUACUAUUACCAGUGAGCCUGCCACUACAAAUGAACUAACUUCAGCAGUCACGGACGGGCAAAUAUCUUCCACUACCGUUGGACUCUCAUCUACCCAGGGAACUGAAAGUACAACUGCAGAGUCAACUGACUCCACAACUGCAGCGGGAACGACCCUUGAAGACCACACAACAACGUUAGAAAUGUCAACAAUUCCAGCUGAAACAACUACCAUUGUUACACAAGAACCAUCAGCUAGCCCAGAUACUGUGACAAGCCCAUCUCCCACAAUCACUACUGGUCACACAACAGUGCCCUCUGAUGUUACAAGUGAGUCUCUAACUAGCACUGCUGGUACCUCAACAUCAGGUGAGGCAUCAACAACUUCUGAAGCAAACACAUCUGCUGAACAAUCGACAGCGACUUCAGUUGGUUUAACAAGUGCAACUGUGGAAGCUACGUUUUCAACAUCGGGAGUGACCAUGACACCAGCAUCAACCGAAGACACAAUGGAAACAACUACAGCUAUGUCAUCAAGUGUAACAGAAACUUCAACCAGUACCUCGACGGAAACAAGUCCCUCACAACAUUCUACGAUUACCAAUGAGCCUGCCACUACAAAUGAACUAACUUCAGCAGUCACGGGCGGGCAAAUAUCUUCCACUACCGUUGGACUCUCAUCUACCCAAGGAUCUGAAAGUACAACUGCAGAGCAAACUGACUCCACAACUGCAGCGGGAACGACCCUUGAAGAUCACACAACAACUUUAGAAAUAACAACAAUUCCAGCUGAAACAACGACGAUUGUUACACAAGAACCAUCAGCUAGCCCAGAGACUGUGACAAGCCCAUCUCCCACAAUCACUUCUGGUCACACAACAGUGCCCUCUGACGUUACAAGUGAGUCUCUAACUAGCACUGCUUUUGCCUCAACAUCAGGUGAGGCAUCAACAACUUCUGAAGCAAACACAUCUGCUGAAGAAUCGACAGCGACUUCAGCUGGUUUAACAAGUGCAACUGUGGAAGCUACGUUUUCAACAUCGGGAGUGACCAUGACACCAGCAUCAACCGAAGACACAAUGGAAACAACUACAGCUAUGUCAUCAAGUGUAACAGAAACUUCAACCAGUACCUCGACGGAAACAAGUCCCUCACAACAUUCUACGAUUACCAAUGAGCCUGCCACUACAAAUGAACUAACUUCAGCAGUCACGGGCGGGCAAAUAUCUUCCACUACCGUUGGACUCUCAUCUACCCAAGGAUCUGAAAGUACAACUGCAGAGCAAACUGACUCCACAACUGCAGCGGGAACGACCCUUGAAGAUCACACAACAACUUUAGAAAUAACAACAAUUCCAGCUGAAACAAUAACGAAUGUUACACAAGGACCAUCAACUAGCCCAACAAUAGAAGCAAUAACCACAACACAGUCUCCAACUCCCACAUCUACCACACCCUUUCUAACUACUCAAACUACAUUACCUUUCACAACCACACCCAACACACCAUCAACUACAUCAACUACCCCACCUACCACACCUUCUACAACCACCCUAAUUACAUCAACUACCGCACCUACCACACCUCCAACUACAUUAACUACAUCAACUACACCUACCACACCUUCUCCAACUACCCUAACUACAUUAACUACACAUUCUACUACACCUAUCCCAACUGCCCCUUCUACUACACCUACCCCAACUACCCCUUCUACUACCCCUUCUACUACACCUAACCUAACUACAACACCUACCCCAACUACCCCUUAUACUACACCUAUCCCAACUACCCCUUCUAAUACACCUACCCAUUCUACUACACCUACCCCAACUAUCCCUUCUACUACACCUAUCCCAACUACCCCUUCUAUUACACCUACCCCUUCUACUACACCUACUUCAACUACCCCAACUAACCCUUCUACUGCAUCCAGUCCAACUUCUACAACUGCAUCUGCUUCAUUGACGUCAACUUCACUCUCAACAACUGGACCUCCGAUAAUUGUGACUGUGGACACUAUUGAAGUAUCAACAGAUGUCACUGUUAGACUCAACAAAACAUUUAAAGAAGAAUACAGUCACCCGUCAACACAGGAAUACCAAGAUUUUACAAAAAAUUUCACCAACGAUAUGACCUUACUGUACAACCGCACUAUUAACAAUUUUAUCGACAUAGUAAUAAUAGGACUCAGGAAUGGCAGUGUAGUGGUGGAGCAUGUGGUUCUACUGCGCAUAGAGAAUGGGAAGAACCUAAGUAAUGAGAUUGCUGAGUCAGAAAAACAAAUCAAGGACAUUCUCAACGCGGCCAAAAACUGCACCACAGGCCAAGUAGGCUGUAUUGGGGUGGACAUAAUUGGAGAUGUCAUAGUAAAAAAUUCUACAUUUGAUAAAGAAUCGGUAUGCGACACGACCAAACUAGAUAAGGACUUGAGGAUAUACUACCAUGCAGCACAAAUAGAUGGGCGACUGGUCUGUGUCUCUCCCUGUGCCCCCGGACACAACAGGGAAAAGAACUGCAACACCGGCACCUGUAGUAUGUCAAGGGACGGUCCGGUCUGCAGAUGUAACCAGGACUACUGGUACCUAGACUCCGAUUGCUUCGGUCCUAUCCUGAAGAGGGACCUCUUUGCCGUGCUACUGACCCUGGCAGGACUGGCGAUAGUAGCCGUGGGGGUCAUGGUGGUCUAUGUGCCCUGGCAUAGACGACAAUUACAUAGGGUGAAAGAUAUUCAUACUGGACAAGUUAACCAGUGGCUGGAGGAAGACUUUGAAUGGCCCAACAGGCCAAAUACAGGUGGCCACUUGGUUGGUUCAAGUAGUACCACAGUCCUAACAGAGAAUGAGCCUAACCCACCUUAUGGGGGCCGAGUGGGCAUGCAGUACGACGCAGAGGGAGAUUCCCUGUCAUCCUCCAGUACAAGGCUGCAGUCUCCCUACCAUGGAACACAGGCACAGGUGUCCAAGAGGCCUGAGAUCAUCUACCAUGACUACAGUUCCUGGGGUGCUGAUAGGGACGCCAUUCAAGUCAUGCAGACUACUGCCACCUCGUCAGGGCAGCAUUUUACAUUGAGUGACCCUGGCAGCCAAUCAGAGCUUAGGAUCAGCAUACCGGAGAUAAGGACUUACUCUGAGAUCUAGUGGGACAUCCUCAACUCUUAAACAGAACUGGACAAAGAACAGGGUAAUACAUUUAAAGAAGUGUUUCUCAUCGACCAACGGAAUAAAGCAGAAAGAAAAAGGAUCUCUUAACGGACAGUCUCCUCUUUGGGAGCGAAGCCUGAAUAACGGUUGUGGGACAAUGCUUUAUUAACACUACACAGGAUUGUCCAAAGAAGUAUGGACUCACUGAUACAGGAGGAUGUGAAACCCAACCUCAGCUUCACUAAUGGAAUAAUCUGCUCUCAAAUCUAUUACCUAUCAGGAAACAACAUGUUUUAUAUGCUAUACUUCAGUGACGCAUGUUUACAAUAAAUCUGCACAAUGAUAUAUGUUGCUUGUACCAGUUUACCAAUUAGCGUGGCUUCUUUUGCACUUUGGUACCACAACAAAUUAAUGUUGUAAUACCACAUGUAUAUAACAAUCUGUCUUUAUAUAGAACAGACAUUGCACUGUGGUAGUUCUUAUGAAAUCAAAACAUAUUUAAAAUGUGUACCAAAAACUAAGUUAUUUUUUUAAACUGCAUAAUGUCAAACAAUAUUGUAUUAUUGGUAUCACACAUUAAUAGAACAAUAAACACAUCUGAAAUUGGCAGUGAAAUGAACAAUGAAUGAAGGCCAAAGUGAGCCAUUUCUAAUCAGUGCCGCAUCCUCUUGAUCUUGUUUGGCUGCAUGUUCAACGUUCUUUGGCUGUGCACUCAUUUCAUCUUUUCCUGUGCUCAAGCUCUAAUUUGUUACUCCUACUUUGCCUUUAGUUCUAACUCCCUCGGUUGAACAUCCACGGGCCUCACGCCACUACCCGUAGCACUCUUAUCAUCAGUCCUCCACCAAUCAGCACUUUGACUACUGCUUUUGGAUUGGCUGAUGCCACUUUGAUGUCAUAAUUCUUAGCGAUGAUGCGCAGAUUCACCUUCGUACAUGUAUCUAUCUCCCACGUAGGGUUUUCCACAAAUGCUUCCAACGAGCCUGUGUGAUUUUGCAACUUAUAAAAUGAUUCCACUAGUCUUAUAACCCAUUAGGGUGGAUGUCAGUGACAGCAACUCUACCACAAGUGUAUUUUGAACACUCAAAUAUCUGAGCACAUCAGAGCCUCACAGUCGGAGAUUAGAGCAACUAUCACAGGAAACAAAAUCCCGGCCGAGCCCCCUUUCUGUUAAGUUCCCCAGCAAGAAACCAAAACAUUUCACUCAAACAGAAGGAGGAACUAACAAAGAGUCACUAACAACCAAAACAAAAGGGAAGCGGGGAUGAUCAUCUAAAAUAUUGUUUUUAGGAAUAUCUAAUAGUGAGCGUCAACUGACGGUGUUAAUCCUUCACAUUUCUCAAGACAACUAGAGCACUGGGCCAGCACAGGUGAAACACCUUCUGACGAAAGAGAUGGACAAGCCAGCACAGGUGAAACACCUUCCCACUAAAGAGAUGGACAAGCCACCACAGGUGAAACACAUACUGACUAAAGAGAUGGACAUGUCAGCACAGGUGAAACACAUACUGACUAAAGAGAUGGACAAGUCAGCACAGGUGAAACACAUACUGAUUAAAGAGAUGGACAAGUCAGCACAGGUGUAACAUACUGACUAACGAUGAGACACCAAUCGGUGCGCCUCACGUGCUGACACGUUAACGUCCAACCUCUAAAUAUAAAUGGAAAAACCAAAGCCUGUAACAGGUCAGUUAUGGAUGGAUGUGUAGGUUCAGAAUUUGUUGUUGGCAUGUCAUGCCUAAGUUCACUAAUCAUGCCAAUAAAAAAAUAAUCAAAUUA